AGAUGCAGGCACUGCGUGUACGUCUCUGGGAGGCAGUCUGCGCAGCUCGGAGCUCCUCGGAGCCUCCCGAGAGCCCUUUUGGGGGAGAGGAUCCGUUCGCUGCUGCAUUCGCAGCCGACGUGCGUACCCCUGACUGUGCGCGCGCUUUUUUUUUUUUCCCCCUUUCCACAACGUGUGUAUUUGUUACAACACCUUGGGAAGGAAAAGGGUGCUGCCUUUGCAAAGUUAGAUAACUGGCCCAGUUCUUCGCAGUCGGAUUGGCUGCGAGGGGCCCUGUAAAACCAUGCUGGCCAGCAGCCCGGCCCAGCCCUGCUCGGCUGCAAGCUAUUUCCACAAUUGGCCACUUCAGAGCGGGAGUGGGGGAGGUGAAGACAGCUGGGCAAACUGCAUCUCUGCCAGGCUGCUUCCCUUCCUCCUUGGGUUUUCUCAGGAGGGGUUGUUUGGCGCGCCCGCUCCGGGCGCCUCCGAACCCCUCUCGCAACGCCCAGGCGAGCGGGUUGCGGCGUUGGCGGCCCCGCUCCCGGCCCUCCCUCACCCGCGCAAAUCAGUCCCGGGACAGGACAUGUCAAGCUGCAACAGCGCUGGGGGCCCCGCUGCCCUGGACUUUCUGGAAGUCCUGAAGUCCCUGCUGGAGUACUCCUUACCCUGGACCAACAAAAUGACAGAUAAAGAGAAGGAGAAGAUAAAGCUUGAGGAAGAUGAGGCAGCAGCUGCCAGCACUAUGGCAGUCUCGGCUUCCCUUAUGCCACCCAUUUGGGACAAAACUAUUCCUUAUGAUGGAGAGUCUUUCCACCUGGAGUACAUGGAUCUGGAUGAGUUCCUCCUGGAGAACGGAAUUCCUUCCAGCCCUACUCACCUGGAUUUGAACCAGAAUCCACUCUUGCCUGUGGCUGAGCUGGAAGGAAAGGAGUCUGCCAGUGCUUCCACUGGUUCUCCCGCAUCAUCCUCUUCCACUGCAGUUUACCAGCAAUCUGAAGCAGCCUCCAGCACAGAAUCCCCGCUGCAGAAUGAGAGAAAUACACCCAGCCCCAUUGAUCCUGACUGUGUAGAAGUUGAGGUGAAUUUUAACCCUGACCCUGCUGAUUUAGUGCUGUCCAGCGUGCCUGGUGGUGAGCUCUUCAAUCCUCGCAAGCACAAGUUCACUGAAGAGGACCUGAAACCACAACCGAUGAUUAAAAAAGCAAAGAAGGUUUUUGUCCCAGACGAGCAAAAGGAUGAAAAAUACUGGACAAGGCGAAAGAAGAACAAUGUGGCAGCAAAGCGUUCCCGUGAUGCUCGGCGACUAAAGGAGAAUCAGAUAACAAUUCGUGCAGCCUUUCUUGAGAAAGAAAAUACAGCCCUGAGGACGGAGGUUGCAGAGCUGCGCAAGGAAGUGGGGCGAUGCAAGAACAUUGUUUCUAAAUACGAGACCAGAUACGGACCCUUUGACUUAUCUGAUUCCGAGUGAUGCAACUUUAAAGACUUUUAAAAACAAAGAAACUAAAAAGCACACAUGAAUCGCCAGUCUUCAGAGUGAGCAGUGAAAUCUAUGAGGUGUCCCAACACAAACAACUGACGAUGACCCUGCCUGCCUGCUUUCCUGCAAGUACCCCAUCUGAACUACCCAGGGCUGGGCAUGAUGAAAAGUGCAAAGUCUCUUUAAUUCUGUAUAUGGCUUUCUUAUCUGUCUUUCUCACUGUAACUAUGAACUACAACAAUAAGCUAGCUUACUGGGGUUUUGUCGAGAUGCUCAAAGUUCAUGUCUCAAAGUCUGUUGACAGCCUAUGUGAAUAGUGACUCUGUUUUGGCACUCGAGUGGAAGAAAAUAGAGAGUUUUAAAUGGAAGUGUCUGUAUAUAUUAAGAACUGCUAUAUUUUAAGACUUUUUUUUUCCUCUGCAGUAGAGUAAGUUGUACCUAAUACUGCAGCUCACUUCUGGUACAGCGUAGCAUCUUGUGGAGUACUGUGAGUGCAGAAUCAAAGACACCAAGCAAACAGCAGUCUGUGACGUGUAAGACUUCCAGUGCAGAAAAAUACAGCAGAUGUACUGAAACAAUCCAGAAAGCACCCCAGUGUGCCAUACAAAGAGGGGUAAUUAAUCUAUAUCUAAUGACCUGUGUAACAGUAAAACACUGCUGUAACCCGCCUUUCCCUUUUUUCAAGGCUCAAUUUCUUUAAUAGUAUCUCACUAAAAGAAAAUCUAUUUCUCUGUAAUGAUUUAGCAGUCAUGGAAAAGGUGCUAGUCUGAGCUGCUGAUCCCCAUGUCUUUUGGCAGUCUGAGACUACCAAAUGAGUAUUAGCUCCAGCAAAACAAUGGCUAUUAGCUGCCAUACUACAGUUUUCUGUCUCUUGACUACAUGAGAACUGCGGUGGUGAAAGAGUACUUCAUUUGUUUGAUAAAUCCAAAACAGCCGCUGAUUUCACAGCGUUACAAUGCACAGCUGAAGUAUCAGGGCCCUUGUACUGGUGUGCAGGAGUAGAUGAAAGCUUAGGCAGCUGAUGGGGAUGUUUACUGUGUGUAGAAGAUGGAGAAAGUAGGUGGAAGUUCCUUUCGAAGAGCUUCAUCAGCCUAACAACAACUUACAUUUAUAUUGAAGAAGGUUAAGAGCAAUAACUUUUCAUUUCUGGGAUAGUACAGGGCCCUGCUUGUAGCCAAGAUGAAGCUUGUAAGAUGGGAGUGAAAGUACAGUGUAUUUAUGCCUGGAGAUUGAUAAACAGAGUACACCUCAAGAAGGAUAAUCCUGAAAGCUUUCAGAAGCACAAGUGCCCAAGUUAUGAGGCACAGCUAGUUACCAGCAAAGCUUGAUGCUAUCAGAUUGAACAAGUAUUCUGAAUUAGCACUUACCCAAGAGAUUCCACCCUUCUCUUCAGAGCAGAAAGGCAACGAGAAAAAGAUGGAAAACAGCAAAUAAUGCUGUAAACUUAAUUAAAAAAAUCAAAAUUCAGAAUUCAUAACUAGCUUUCUGAAGGUAUAACCUUUGUAAAAGGCAUGUACAUUAAAUGCACUUACUGACCUAUUAUUUUUAAUGGACCAUGUUCUGACGUCAAGAAAGUAUUUUUAACUUUUUUGUUAGUUACAAAAUUAUAUUAAGUGUACAGACAUAACUUGCAGUUCUAAAGUUCUGAGGUGAUCUUUGGGUAUCAUCCUCAGAAAGAUGAAUAGUUAACUCCAUGUUGCUGAAAUGUCAGCAUAAAUCACUACCUGUAGCAAAUACUGCAAAUUUGAACUGAUAUUUUUGGUAGUACUAUUUUUUUUAUUUUGGUGGUAAAGGCCGUGCCAUGAAUCUUUUUUAAAAAUACUGACAGUGUGUAAAUAUAGCAACUCUUUUUCCAUUUAUCACUUCUAAAUUUUCAGUUGGCUUUGGCUAUUCUUGAAUGUCAUGCUUCGUGCUUAAAUCAAAGUUAAGGCAUAUUGUAACUGGGCAAGGAGUUGCUAGUCCUUCAGUUGGGUCUUGCUGUCUUACUGCUUUAGGAACAUCUUUUAAACACAUAUAUUGUAUACGGGAUCUGGCUUUGCAGUAUACCAUGCUGUUUUAACAGCAAAAUACUUGGUGAGUGUAGUAUGUGCAAUUCUAUUGUUUUUUUUCCUGUUGUAUUGAAAGUUUAUACAAUGGAAACUAACAGUGAAUGUUCAUUAGAUUUUUUUCUUUCUUUCACAGAAGACUGUUAGCAAAUUCUUCUACUUCCCUGUAGAACAGUACAAAUCUGCACGUUCUGUGAUUGUCUCUACAGGUUGCAAAACUGGAAAAUAACACUUCAGUGUGUGGUUUAACUCCUGUAGUUGGAGAUUUUUUUAAAGAAGGAUCUUCCAUGGUAGAUGAGAAGAUAGUAACUACAAAAGGGGUGUAGGUAUUUCCAGACAAAAAAAAUGUGCAGUGCUGAUUUCCUUUCUCAGUUUUUGCAGUCUCAGGAAGUUAAGCUUACUGCUUAGCAUGCUGCUCCUUUCAGAAGUACUAACUAAUAAUCAUGUUUCUUUGACUAGGAUGGCUAUCCUAUUUGUAAGUGAUAACUUGGACGCAUUUCUCACAGUGAUCGUAAGACCAAUAUUCUUUUAGCUCAGUUUGUGUUAAAAGAUGCUGAAUUGGCACUGUUAGUCUGAAGUUCUCUAACCUUGGGACGUGCUCUGUAGAGGCUGCAAGUGUGCCUAAUGCCAAUGUACCCCAUCCCAUCCAUCAAAGGGACCAUCUCCAAGGGGAGGGAAUAAAGGGAAUGCACCUUUUGGCAUCACUGCAGGGAUUGCCAUUAAAGGGAGCAGUUUUCACAUAUCUGUGCAUUCAUUAGGAAAUCGAUCGAAACCAAGCAGCCAUUGCACAGCACUAGCUUUCAAAAUACAUAAACUGUUGAUGGGAUGUUGGCAGUGUUGUCUUAUUUUACAGAAGAAAUUGACUAUGAAUAAAUGAUGAAUAACACUUAAGGCAGUAUUGUUUUCAUACAUGGUCUUCUAAUCUACACGGUUAGACUUCCUUGUAAUAAUGCAUUUUUGUACUUAAAAAUUCCCUAAGAGUUAAAUCUUUCACCUGUUGCCACGAUCUGCUCCCACUGAAGCUGGUAACAAAGAUCUCGUUAACUCCACUGGAAAAAAAGCUUUAUUCUGAUGUGGUGAACAUGAAGUUGUAGCAAGCACUGGAGUUAUGGAUAUCUUUGCUUUACUCUGGAGCAUUCUGUGCUGGGAUCAGAUGGAUGUACGUCAGAUUGCAGGUGUAAUGUUGGUAAACUGAUCCUGUCACUUGAUCAUUCAUAGAGUUUUGGUGUUCAGACAAUCUGAAAUCUGUUUCCUCACUCCUGCAUGGACUGGGUGGGAAAAAAAAAAGUGUAUUAUAAGCUUGUGCUGGGAGAAGGAAUGCUUGUUAUUUUUUAAGACUGUUGUGUGGCUUUUUGUAGUUUUUUUGGUAACACUUUCUGUAAUUCCUGACAAUUUUCCACUUCCCUGCUGUGCUUUUUGAAAGCCCAAGGUGGUAUAGCUGUAGAAAUCACUUCCAGUGUUACCUGCAGGUUUGCUACUAAUCUUACCAAAUUUAUUUCACGUUGCGAGGUGUAGUGGAAGGCUAACAGCAACAGCUUUGAGAAUACUGUAAAAAAAAAAAAAAAGCCUACUUAUGUGUGUGGAGGGGAAAUAUAUAUAUAUUUUUAAGACAGCAGAAAUAGUGGACUAUAUAUUUUUUUAAGACAGCAGAAAUAAUGGACUUACACAGAAGACAAUAUUGCUGCUUAGCCUUGCAAACCUCUUCAGCAUAACAUGGCUUUCUUCCUUGUGAUCAGAUGCCUUCAUUUUUAGUGAGAGUGAAGGCAUCUUGGACCUUUAUAAAAACCCAGAUAGGAUUUUGUUCAUCCUUACUGUUUCUGCUAAUAAGCACAAGAUGAGAAAUGCAAAUUUGUCUUAAUGUAUAAAUCUUUUUUUAGUAACUCGCAUCUAAAUCCAUAAGCAGCAAAAUAAUUAAUGCUAGUAUUUUGCCUUUGCAUUACUAUAAGAUACUGGCUAGCUUUCCAGAUUUUCAGGUAAUUACUCUGACCUGUAUAUCUGCCACUGUAACACAGUGAAGAUGGAUAAACUUGCAACAAAGGACUGGGAAAAGGGUAGAAAGAAUAAGCUUAACUAAACUUCUGUGGAGAUGCUAACAUAAUGCUAAUUGAGAAAUUAUAUUUUAAUUUUUGAUAAUGCAGAUUUGUCAUACAGAAUGUUAUUUUUAGUUUGGUAGUAUACUGUCCCCUAGUAAGUCCCUUUUGGAAUGCAGACUUCUGAACGUUGAAGCAGCAACAGGGGAAACGGAAUCAUUUGAGGAAGAUACACAUAUAGAUAUAAACAUAAAUAUACCUGGCAAGUGGAGCAAAGAAUGAAAGCAGGAAAAUAAGAGUACUGCAAGAUACUGACCUGAAUCAGAUUGCGAAAACGGAAGCCUUGCUGUUCACAAUUCUAUAGCAAUUUGGGUCCCCUGAGUUUAGCAUCACACAUAAGACAAGUACUUGUUGACGUUUUCGAAUCUCCUUUUCUUGAUCUCAUUCCACAGUUCAGAAUAAAGUGAAAGGAAUAUACAGAUAGGGAGGAGAGUUACUGCAGAAAGGCGUGAAAAAAUUGCUAUUGCUUGAACGAAGUGUGCUGUUGCACUGGGACUUGACCUGCCCAUGUGAACUGAUAGUGCUGUGUCAUGAGGGAAUUACUAUCUGAGGCCCCAAUAUUUUAAGGCCUCAAUUCUGAUAUCAGUUCUGCAUGGGAUGAGCCCUAUAUCUAUAGAGAGCCAUGUGGAUUUCACAGGAUCUGUUCCUGAAUGUGAAGCUCUGCCCAGGCAGUCAGCUGCAGAAUUGUGUCCUUAACACACUGUCAGUUGUAGUUAUAAGGCUGUUCAUAUUAAAUGUAAUUUGGGUGCCUGUUACAUAGCCAAAACCCUUGUUACUUCAUUUUCCCAACUAAGGCAUGAGCAGAAGCCCUUUGCUGUACAACAUCUGUAAAAAUGUACUUCACAUACAUCUAGUAAAUUAAGGCAUGUGAUUUUGGUCCGUGGGUCUCAACAAACUUUGCUCGUGUACCUGCCUGAAUGUUUCCUUAGAUCUGCAGCUAUGUCUCAGUGAGAAGGUAUGCUGGGAUUUGUUUUCCCGAGGGAGCACAAGAGCAGCUCUCAUCUGUAACACUGCAGGUGGCUGCUUGCUACUGGCCAGGAUCAUGGAAGGAUGCAUCCUCUUGCACUUUUAUGUGAAGUUGUCUAAAAUAUGGUGAUUAACAUGAUUAUUGAAAUACUGUAUUUUGUAUAACUUAGAACAUGUAAAUACACUUUUAAAACUGAUCUGUUCUAUGAAGUAAUAAAUAAGUGCUUCCAUUGUAAUACCUGAAUAUUGUUAAUGCUUCAUGUAGCUUGAUUUGGGAUUUUUUUUCCUAGAGAACUACAGAAAUCAAAACCAAGAUUGAUGUUGUGGAAUUCUAGUCUAGUUGUGAUUCUUUCUAUCAAGAAAAACGUGUUUUAAAAAAUGAGCUACUUAAGCAGAGAAACUGAGAAUUUGAGGGAACUGAUUCUCUUCCAGUCUUUCUUUAAUGGUAGUCACUGAUGACACUAACUAUUCUUCCCAUCCCAUUAGCUGACCAAUUAAUUUUGUUGUUUGUGAGUAGGAAAGUUUGUGAGUUUGGAAAGUGGCAAUAUUAAAUGACUCAUAGCACUUAGUGAUUGAGGAAAAGUUUUUUGUUUUUUUUUAAAGUAUUUUCUCUUUUGGCUUAAACAGCUGUCUCCAUCCUUCAGACUGCAGCGAGUUGCAGUGAAACAGUGAGAGUGACUGUUACUGGAGCUCAUUUGUAGCCUAGAUAGUCUACAUCUUACAUACAUUAGUUGUAUUAUGUGCACAGAUGACACAGGUAUCCUGUCUUGGUUUGGAGAGGGAAAGUGAUUAAUGACUUGAGGUUUUGCUGAGUACAUGUUCACUGGAUGCUGCACAGCUGGAACUUUCAUCAGCUUUCAUGACCUGUUCUAUCUUGUGUUAAACGUAAAAAUAAACAACAGUGGAGUGAGAAUCGUGAGCAGUCUGCUAGGAAGCAUGAACACUUGGUUGUGGAGGAGGUGGCAAGGAGACUGGUCCAUUGGUCUUCAGCUAGGAGAUCAGCCUGUGGUAACACCACCUCCAGCCAUAACAUAACUUCUUUCUCUCUAAUGCUGUACUGGAGCAGUGUCCCAUCUGGUGUCAGCUGCUUCUGCAGUGUUCCAUAAAUGACAAGGCUACAGCACCUUUUGUAGUGGGCAGAGAUGACGACAUCUUCCUUCUCCCCACCCACCCCACCCAUGUUUCUAGGCUAUAAAAUAGCUAAACAUAUAUGCAGGUUAUUCAGAAAAUUCUGUUCCUGUAAAGCUUUUUCAGAGGCAUUCGGUUUUGAACUCAAUAGUCUGAGGGAACUCCUAUCUGCUAUAUUUGGCCUGAAAUUCUGUUUCCUCUUGGAUAGAAAUAUUGUAUUUGGCUUCAGACAUGACACUGAUCUGUCCCAGUCAUUCAGUGGGAUGGAUGAUAAAUGUGCACAGUAUUUAUAUAAAGAUGAUAAAUCUAAUCUUAAUUUUACUGCAUGUUGUUUAAUCUCUUGGAUGUCUACUCCUUGAGGUUGUCUGAAUAAUUCCUACAAAUGUAGCUGCUCUUCAAAGCAGUCCAUAAAGUGCAUUUGAGAUCAUUGACUGAAAGGUUCUAUAGGAAUGAAAGAGAUAAUAAAGAUUGUGUAGUGGCUGGGUAAAGCUGUAUUGCCAUAAAUGAUUUUAAUUUAUAUAUGAAUCUCUUGUCCCAAAUUGCUUAUUUUGUACAUAAACCUACGCACUCCUGGCAGCUGAUAGGUGAAAAUAAAGGUGCUUAAACAGCAGUCUAAUGAGGAAAGGGCAUUUCACUGUUGCAGAGUUGAUAUUAUUUUAUAUUUCCAUGUAUUACACUUUUUUAAAUGUAUAAACCACAGAUUUGAAUUCUCAAAGUCUUCAGCUUGGAUUUUGUGAGUAGUUUAAAUCCUCUCACCUCUCUGCUCAUAACUGGUUUUUAAGAAAAAGAAAAGCUUUUGUUUAAAAUUGUAAAAUUUUGACUGUAUUAAAUUCUGUUAGUACCCUUCCUUUUUAAGAAAUAAAAUGUAUAUUCCACUA